AUGGAUUUCCUUAAUCACCGCUAUCACCCAUAUCAUAAUAUAUCACAUAAUAAUUUAACAAAUACUACUUCAGCUGUUGAUGCAGUGACUAUUUUAAUACCAGUAUGGAUUAUACUUGCAGUUGUAGCAAUAAUUUUAUUUUUAUUAUUGGUUACUUAUGGUUUUGCUAGUGCUAUUUUACUUAUGAUUAAAGUAUUCAACAAUGUAAAAACAAAACUAUCCAAAAGUAAAUCAGAUACAAAAUUAACAACCGAGACUUAUAAUUGUAAUGAUACAACAGAUUUAAGUUCAUCAAUUACAAGGGUUGAAGUAGUAUAA